AGCUGACGCACCAGGAAGUCCCGCAAGGCCGCGGCUUCUCUCAGCCACCACAGGCCGGGGGCGGGGAGGGGCUGUUGUGCAGCAGGAGCCCGCGCGGGCCCCCGCCUGCCGGGGGUUAUUAGGCGAAGGGCGGGGGCGGGCGCGCUGCAGCAGCAGCAGCAGCUCCCGCGGGAACAGCCCGGCCCGGCCCAGGCUCCGCUGCCGCGUCACCGUUGGGGGCGGGAGCCCUUGAGCGCCUCGCUCCCCCUGCCGCGCCUGAGCAGCCCACGCGGGGGUCCCCGGCUUUGCCAAGGGGGCGCUGGGCCGAGCCGGCCCGGGCUCUCCUGUCCCGCCGCGGCUCCUCCCCGCUGGCCGCCGCCCCGACCCGCACGUGGGCCGGAGGUCCGGGAAGGGGUUGGCCCCGGCGCUGCACGCACAUCCCGGAGAAGCAGAAGGGCGGUGACCCGCCCGGGCUCGGAGCUAGCCGGACAGAGCUGGGGUGGCGGCGGGCCCGGGGCGUGUGAACGGCAGAGCCCCCUCCCCCCCGGCUCCUCGGUCAACAACAGCCCCCCGGCCUCGGCCAUGCCGCGCCCCGGCGCCGCGCUGCUCCUCUGCCUGCUGCUGCUGAGCCUGCCCGAGCCCCCUGCCGCAGAAUCGUCAUUCCAGUUACCAGCACCACAGAAUAUGACAAUUUACUCAUAUAAUUAUCAGAAUUUAUUGAGAUGGGCUCCUGUUAAAGUGGACAAUGGCUCAGUGUUGUAUACGGUCCAGUAUAGUACAAUGGCCUGUGAUUGUUGGGAAGAAAUUAACUGCACAAAUAUUACAAAGACUGAAUGCAAUUUCACACAUCCAAAUAUCAAAAGCUUUUGGACAAUUACUUUACGUGUUAGGGCUGAGCUAGGACAAGUGAAAUCUGUCUGGGUGGAAACAAAUACAUUUGUAGCAGACCAAAACACUACUAUAGGGCCUCCUGUUAUAGUAAAUGUGGAUUCAACACCUGAUUCGCUUUUCCUUAGCUUCGUGCCCCCUGUAAAAGAAGAUACUUUACAAUAUCUUGUGCGCUAUUGGGAGAAAUCAACAAAUAAACAACAUGAAACAGAAUGGACCAAGAAUACCCGAAUCGGACUUCUGAAUCUAAAGCAACUGACAGAGUAUUGUUUUCAAAUACGAGCAAAAGUCCAUAUAUUACAUGACAACAUUGGACCAUUAAGCAAAACUGAUUGUCACAGAACUGCAGCUAAUGAUGCAACCAGAGCUGGAUUUGUUGUAAUAAUAUUUGUUGCAGCCACAGUUACUGUGGUGUUUUCAGCAAUUGUCUGUUUCCUUUUUAUUCAGAAAUUUCAUCAAGUCAUUAAAUAUUGGUUUCAACCUCCUUUUAAAAUGCCUCCACAUAUUGAAGAGUAUUUAAAGGAUCCUGGAAUGCCUGUUUUAGAAGAAUUGCAGAAUAAUUGUGCUGAGGAAGAUCCCUGGGACUCCUUGUCAGUUGUUUCCAAUGCAGAAGGAAGUCAAGCACUAGUAAAGGACACUCUGAACACACAUGUUCAUUCAGACAGCAGAUCUACUGAAAGUGGAAAGAACUUCAUUACAUUGCGGUAGAAGGACCUGUACCAGUGCCUUGAUGCUAUAGAAAGAUGAUAAUGUCACUGUCGACAAACCAAGUUGUGGGAGUCUUGACUUCCUGAGAACAUUGUGUAUUCUUGAGUAGGGUUUUAAUGGUUUCUACUGCAAUUCACCAUAUGAAGUCCCUUCUCCACGAGAGACUUUUUAAAAAUGGAUUUGAAUGUGAACUGGAAAUGAACACUAAAAGAGCAGGGAAAGGACAACAACAUGGUUGGAGUAAAAUGGCUGCAUCUGAACAUCUUUGCAGAAAAGACUGCACUAUUACUAUGAACGGUGUUGAUUAUUAAGUUGAUCUAGGUUCUAACGAAUUUUAGUGGACCGUAGCACUUUAUGGUAGGAUAUAGUACUAGAAAGAAUUUUUCAGUGAGUUAGUAGAUUACUGCACCAUGAAUGAUUAUUGAUCUUUGCUCAUCAGUACUUCUAUAUAAAGUCUGUCCCUUAGCACACAGUAAGUUAGUACUCAGAAAAUGACUCAGACCAAUUUUUCACAUAUAUAAAAUUUUAAGAGUGUGGUGCUCUAUAUCUGAAGGAAAUAGCAUGUUUUCAGGAAUCCAUUUUGUCCCCCCUCCCCCCUUAUUUGUGUGUUUUUUAAAAAAAAAAAUUUGUUCCAGUAAAAGAUGAAAAAUUUAUAUGAGCUGAGGAGAAACCAGCACAUAAUUCACUCCCAAUUAAGGAACCAUCAUGGAAGGAGUGCUUACAGGGACAGACAGGUUGGAUCACUUCUCCUCUGAGCCUUCUGAUGCUUGCACAACAAUGGCAUUAAUUUCUUCUACAACUGCAGUGUGGAGAUGCUCUCUCUGUAGGGGGCGUCACAUCCUUUACAGUGAAAUGAACUCCUAAAGCUUGUAUCAGACACUAAAAUAUAACAAGUUUGGCUACCUGGAGAGCCCUUCCAAAAGUCAUUCAACAGAACUUGUCGGGUUUUGAUGCACAUGAACCAAAGCUUUCUGUGUAGUCAGAAUACACGUGGGCAAGAUGUGUCAAACAUAGGGUUUACCCACAGCUAGUGGACACGAAGAACAAAGCCAUGGUUCUCUCACCUGCUCAGGCAAGUUCUGACUGCUAGUGAAGACAAGACCCGGGAUAUGGAGUGUGGCUGUUUGGAGAAUGAAGCAUCCGAAAAUUCUUUACACCACUUCAUCGUAUACGUGAAAAUCUUGCUGUUAAAAAUCCUACAACGUGUAUUGGAAUAUUAUUUGUAUGGACAUUUAAUAAAAAUAAUUUAAAUAUGUAAAAA